AUGGCUUCUUGGCUACCUAUCCCCUCAAAGAGCCACUUCUCACUGGCAAACAUUCCCUUCGGCGUCAUCUCAACAUCCGCUGAACCAACGCAACGUCCCGCAAUUGCAAUCGGCCAACAUGUUCUUGAUCUAUCAGCUUUCGCUCAAAACAACGGUUUCUCCAAACUAGCAGACUUUCCCGCCGAUCAACUCAAGGUCUUUUCUCAAACUACUCUCAACGACUUUGCUGCUCUUGGAAGACCCGUGCACAGAGCUACACGCGCUUAUCUCCAGGAUGUCUUCCGCCAAGAAACGCCAUAUCCUGAGAUUCUCAAGGACAACGAAACCAUGCGAAAACAGGCUCUCAUUCCAAUCGGGGAUGUUCAGUCUCACUUACCGCUUAGUAUCGGCGACUACACUGAUUUCUUCGCUGGUCGUAACCACGCUCACACCGUGGGUACACUGUUCCGCGGCGCUGCAAACGCUCUACAGCCUAACUACAACCAUCUCCCCGUUGCAUACCACGGACGCGCCAGUUCCGUUGUGGUAUCAGGAACACCCCUCCACCGUCCCUGGGGCCAAGUCCUUCCUAACCCUCAAGCCAAAGAGCCUGUGUUCCAGCCCUGUGCUCGUCUUGAUAUUGAGUUGGAGCUGGGUAUGUUUAUCAGCAAGGGGAAUAAGCUCGGUGCUCCUGUUGAUGUGAAUAACGCGGAGGAGUAUAUUUUCGGAUAUGUUCUUAUGAAUGAUUGGAGUGCGAGGGAUAUUCAGCAGUGGGAGUAUGUUCCGCUGGGACCGUUUAAUGCGAAGAAUUUCGGGACGACGAUUAGCCCUUGGGUUGUUUUGGCGGAUGCGUUGGAGGGCUUUAGGGGCAAGGGUUUGGAGAAUGAGGUGCCGCCGAAGAAGUAUCUUGAUGAGAAGAGGGAGGACUCAAUUCUUGAUAUCAAUCUUGAGGUUUCUAUCACCACUGCCAAGGGUAACAAGACGAAAAUCACUCAAGUCUCAUCCCAAAACCUUCUCUGGUCCUGGCCCCAGAUGAUCGCCCACCACUCCGUGUCAGGAUGUAACCUGCGCACAGGAGAUUUACUCGGUUCAGGAACGAUUUCUGGUCUUGAGCCGGGAACGCAGGGAAGUCUUCUUGAGCAGACGAUGGGCGGGAAGCAGUUUGUCAAGUUGGAGGGAGGCGAGGAGAGGAAGUUCAUCCAGGAUGGUGAUAGUAUUACUAUUACGGGCUGGUCUGGUACUGCUGAUGAUGGGCUUGUUGGGUUUGGGGAGUGUGAGGGUACGAUUAUUACUGCUGUUCCUAGGGACUAG